AUACGUAAGAAAGUGAUUAUUACUAUUCCCAUACGUUGGCUAGUGGUGGGAGACGAUUUAAUUGAAACAUUGCGUUACUGAUUAGUAUUGCUGCGAAAAUGUCCGCCCUAGACGAUGGCAGUGGAAGCAGCUGCAAAGCAGAGCAGCAGCUUCCAAGAAAACGACGCAGAGAAGAUGAUCUUGCGCCAGCAGAUGUGGUGGUGGAUGGGGAAUGUUGGAAACUUGUCACUAGACCGGCAUCACCAGGCAAACGCCCUUCUGGAUUUGUAGCUAGCAGCAGCGAUCUUACGAUACCUGCCAGCUAUGCCCGAUUUGUGCCCGAUCAUUUGUUCGAACAGAUCGCUACACAAACAAACUUGCACGCCGUAGCCCAAAGCCAAUGCCUGAAUCCGUCGUCAGAGGCCUGGGUUGCGACCGAUCAGCAAGAAAUAAAACGAUUUUUUGGACUAACUUUAUGGAUGGGUUUGGUGCGACUGCCGUCCUUAAGUUUGUACUGGUCCGAUGAUCCGGCAUAUGUGCAGACGUUUGCAAAGAGUGCCAUGUCCGGCGAAAGAUACGCACACUUGCUGCGUAUGAUCGUGUUCUGCGAUGAUCGGCAGAAGAGCAACUCAACCGACGGUUUGUCCAAAAUUCAACCACUUGUGGACACUUUACAGGCAAACUUUAAAAAGCACUUCGUACCGACGGAGGAGGACAUUGCGGUCGAUGAGUCGUUAAUACCGGCACGGGGUCGCACUGCGUACAGACAAAACCAUCCACAGCAAGGGGGCAACAAAGUGUUUAAAUUGUGCUGUGGAGCAGGAUACACCUAUGCUCUACGUGUGUGUACAAAGAAAGCGCAAAACGAGAGUACCACAGAUGACGUGAUCUUGUCGUUGUGUGAAGACUUGUUCAACGCCGGGCACACGCUGUACACGGACAGCCGAUACACGAGCGUAAGCAUGGCAGCGAAGCUGCUAACUAAGCGGCUGCAUCUAGUAGGCAUACUCGAUCCGGGAAGGCCAGGAAACCCGCCGGCGGUGGUUUCGAAACAGUUAGCAGCAGGAGAAACGUUUGCAAUGGAAAAUAGCAAAGGCAUUACCGUUCUGAAGUGGAAAGACAAGCAGCAGGAGAUACUACUUUUAUCGACGAAGCAUUCGUUCCAAAUGAUGAAAAUCGAAUGUUGUAGCUCAAGCAAGCGCAAACCGCUGAUGGUGAUAGAGUAUGGUCGAGGCAGGACUGCUAUCGAUCUAGCGGACCGAAUGAACGCGUACAGUCUGACCCUUUGUAAGGCUAUGAAGUGGUAUAGAAAACUGGGCUUUGAUCUUUUGCUAAACACGGCCGUGGCGAAUGCGUACCUGCUGUACAAGGACGCGACCAACAAACAACAAGUGAGCAUUAGCGAAUUUCGGAAGGAGUUAGCCGUCCAUCUGACGCAGUUCUGUCCGGCGGAGACUAUCGAUCCACUGUCGAUAGUGGAGCCAAUGAUUGGCGCCAAGACGCAACACUACUUUGAACGCAAGCCGGGCGUCACACAUACAGUGCGGCGGUACUGUAAGCAAUGCUACGCCGAAAACGUUGCUCGCUUAGGUAGGACGAAGGGCAAAAUAGUGACGAAAAAGGUGGCCACUUACUGCAGAAACUGCGAGGGCCAGCCAUUCUUAUGUUUACCAUGUUUUAAUAAACUGCAUUAAGCUGAACGUGUCUAAGAUGAA